CUCAUCGCCCCUCCUCCUCUGAUUGGCUGCGCCCACCGGAAGCCCUCCGGUACUUCCGCUCCCAUCCCUCCCCGCGCUCCCGUUGCCGGUGCCUCCAUGGCCGCUCCGCUGUGACGCGGCCUCAAUGGCGGCCGCGGAGGCUCCGCCCCCUCCGGGGGACGCGAAGCGGACGGAGGCCGAUGAUUGGUGCGACAGCGGCCUCGGGUCGUUGGGGGAGGGGCCUCUGACCCCGCUGCCCCCCGGGACCGACACCGACACCGACAGCGAGGCCGGAGCCUGGCUGCGGCACGUGAUCGGCUUCGUCACGGAGGACGGGGACACGGCGCUGCACUUGGCCGUUAUCCACGAGCAUGAGGCGUUCCUGGAGUCCAUCCUGCAGCACACGGCAGGCACCGGGUACCUGGACCUGCAGAACGACCUGGGGCAGACCCCCCUGCACCUGGCGGUGAUCCUGGGCCUGGAGAGCUUCGUGCAGAAGCUGCGUGCGGCUGGCGCGGGGCUGAGCCCCCAGGAGCGGGGGGGGCACACGGCUCUGCACCUGGCCUGCCGCGAGGGACACCCGCGGUGUGCACGGAUCCUGCUGGGGCACAGCAGCCCCGAGGAGAGGGAGCAGCUCGAGAGCAUCAACUAUGAUGGUUACACCCCCCUGCACAUCGCGGUGCUGCGCAAGGACGUGGCAAUGGUGGAGCUGCUGCUGAGCGCCGGAGCCGACCUCAACAAACCGGAGCCGAGCUGCGGCCGCAGCCCCUUGCACCUGGCGGUGGAGGCUCAGAGCCCGGAGGUGGCUGAGGUUCUGCUCCGCGCCGGAGCCGACCCCGGAGCCCGUAUGUACGUGGGGUACACGGCUCUAUACAGCGCCCGGCACCGGCCUGACCCCCGCCUGCCCCCCCUGCUGCGGCGCUUCGGGGCGCAGGAGCCGUCCAGCGACGAGGACACGGACAGCAGCGAGGAGGAAGAGGAGGAUGAGGAGGAGGAAGAGGAGUACGAUGACAUCGUCAUCAACAGUGGCCUCCGCGUGGACUGAACCCCCCCCACAUCUCCCCCUAUUUAUCUGCCUGGACUUUAGGGGAGCCCCCCCCUCCCC